AUGGCAAAGGGUGUGAAUAGUACUUUUGUGUAUAUUCUUGGUGCAAUGUUUAUGUUGAGUUUUGUGUUUGUUUUUGAAGCCAUGUUGACGGUAUUUUCAAGGUUUUAUUCAGAUGCAAUUGCCAAGAAAUUAGUUCAUAUAGAAAGAAAUACAACAAGAAUAAUAUCAAAACAAGAAGAAGAAGCAGAAAUAAUUACAAGUAAUUGCAACUUGUUCGAAGGAAGUUGGGUGAUUGAUGAUGAUGUUAUCCAUCCUUUAUAUAACACAACUACUUGUCCAUUUAUUCGAACUAUAUUUGAUUGUACCAAUCGACCUGAUCGUCAAUAUCUUAAGUAUAAAUGGCAACCUAGUGCUUGCAAUUUACCAAGGUUUGAUGGCAGAGAUUUUUUGAGGAAAUACAAGGGGAAGCAAAUAAUGUUUAUUGGGGAUUCACUAAGUCUAAAUAAUUAUGAAUCAUUUUUAUGCUUGCUUUAUGUUUCAGUACCUGGAAUGAACUACAAGACCAAAUUAACCAAUCAAAGUGUUACUGUAAUUUUUGAGGAUUAUGAGGUUUUAGUGACAUUAUUCAACUCAUUAUUCCUAGUAGAUGUUGAAGUGGAACCUAAUAUUGGAAGAGUAUUAAAACUAAAUUCCAUUAAAAAUGGAGAAAUUUGGAAACAAGCUGAUGUUUUGAUCUUCAAUACUUGGCUUUGGUGGACAAGGGGAAAGCCAAAGCAACCGUGGGAUUAUAUUGAGGAUGGUGGAAAAUUGGUGAAGGAUAUGAAUCGUAUAACUGCAUUUAAAAGAGGAUUAAAUACAUGGGUCAAAUGGGUUGAGACACAAGUGGAUCCAACUAAAACCAAAGUUUUCUACCAAGGAGAAGCUGGUUCUCAUCACCAUGGAGAAGAUUGGGGUGAGCCAGGAGUGAAAGGUUGCUCAAAUCAAACAAGACCAGUUAUGGGAUCAAUUUAUCCAGGUGGUUUGCCUUUAGCUGCCCAAAUAGUGAAAAAAGUGUUGAGAAAAAAAGAGUCAAUAUUCCUAUUAGAUAUUACAAUUCUUUCACAUUUAAGAAAAGAUGGACAUCCAGCCAAUCAUAAUGGCUAUAAAGGCAUUGAUUGUACACAUUUUUGCCUUUCUGGAGUUCCUGAUACUUGGAACCAACUAUUUUAUGCUUCUUUAUUUUAG